GAGAAGAAUAACCAUAGCUUUAUUUUUCUCUUAAAAUCCACCUAUUCCUUUGGCUUUUGAGAUCUUGUCUCAAAACCUUUUGAAAAAAGAGUUCUCGAUUCGAAAGAAUCCCAAGCAUAGCCUUCCCCCAAAACUGAGACCCUUCAAAGAGGCAUUUGUAUGGCAGUUCCGGAGGAAACAGUGAUUCUGAUCACAGGAUGCUCUGAGGGCGGUAUUGGCUAUGCGCUUGCCCGGGCCUUUGCUGCAGAGGGAUGCCUUGUUGUUGCGACGAGCCGGUCUCUGAGCUCCAUGAAAAGCCUCGAGAAUGAUUCCAGGUUCUUCCUCCAAGAGAUCGAUGUUCUUUCGGAGGAAAGCAUUCGGAGAGCUUUGACAAACACAUUGGAGAAGUUUGGCCGGAUUGAUGUUCUUAUAAACAAUGCCGGGGUUCACUUGGUUGCGCCACUCGUCGAGGUUCCGAUGUCUUCUUUCGAGCAUGUCUUCAGCACCAAUGUCUAUGGUCCGAUGAGGUUAAUUCAAGCUGUAGUUCCCCACAUGGUAACGAGGAGAAAGGGUAAGAUAGUAAAUGUGGGAAGUGUUGCUGCCCUGGCUCCUGGACCAUGGGCAGGUGUUUAUACGGCAUCAAAAGCAGCUCUUCAUGCGUUAACUGAUACUUUGAGAUUGGAACUCCGAACUUUUGGCAUCAGUGUCAUAAACGUAGUUCCUGGUGCUAUCAGAUCAAAUUUGGGAAAUUCUUCAACAGCUACCUACAGCCGGAUGCCCGAAUGGAAGUUGUACAAACCAUUUGAGGCUGCAAUCCGAGCAAGGACGGAUAUCUCUCAGGGCCCCAGGUCUACACCAGCAGAAGAGCUUGCAAAAAAGACUGUUGCAUUGGUACUCAAGAAGAACUCUCCAGCAUGGUUUUCUUAUGGGGGUUUCUCUACAAUUUUGGCAAUUCUCUACUACCUCCCACUAUCUAUUAGAGACUACUUCUAUAGGAAGGUUGGGAAAUGUUAAAUGGGAUAUUUGCUUCUCUAUAGCCCAAUGGACUGAAAACUUAAAAUGGUAAUGUAGGUUGACAUGUAAAUGGUCUUGUAGCAGCGUCUCCAUGCGGAAUAUAAGAGUACUGUAAUGUUGUGGAUCAUACUAUAGCCAAAAGAAUGUGUUAUUUAUAUAUUAAUGAUUAGUGUACUCAAAUACUUAUGCUUCUCUUUUAUUGCUUUGUUUGGUCAACUACUAUUCUCUUUGUUUUUCAGCUCGUGCUCAGGAGGGAGUGCUGGCUGCCAAACUCUAGUCCCAUUGGCAUUUGAUCAACUGCUUUUCAUAGGCCAAAAAUCUGAUCUUUUUAGUGUUCUCCUUGUGGCUAAGAAACAAACUGAGUUCUUCUGCAUUGGAUAAUGUAUGCCAUUAUGUGCAAACAUAUUAGCAAAGUAGGCAUUGAAUUUGAUUCUACAAAUCAGCAUACCACCUUGUGCUACAGUAUGAGGUCAUUCUACUUCCAGCGAAAAAAAUGUCAUUUGGAAUGGUUCCAUAGCUGAAUGUAUUUGCCAAUUAUUUAUUGCUGAGCUGCUAUAUUUCACUGAUGAUAGAUUAUAAUUGUGUUUAAUCUCCUAAUGCUUAUUUCAUUGCUGUAAUAUUUACUCUAUGGACAUAAAUAAAAUUAAUGACGGAGGAAAGACUCAUCUAGACAUGGUCAGGAAGAACUCUUGUUUUUGGUGCAGGUUACAAAGGUUUGUUCAUAUUGUAAUUUGGUAGGUCAUGAAUUCGAGUUGUGUUCUGAGAAUUGUGAAGAUAAACUUGUGUUCUGAGAAUUGUGAAGAUAAACUAGGAUCUGCUGCCUUCACAAAUUCUCCUAAAAGUCAAAAACUGAAUAUAUCUUUGAGCUGCUGUGGUCAAGAAUGGAGUUUUCCCUGAAAAUAAACCCCAGUCACUUGGAGUCAGAUAUCAUCCGCAGUUUUGACUUUUGUGGGGAAUGUAUAAUGUAUAGGGGUGGCGUAGUGGUACUCAUGUGUUUAUCUAUUAAGCCACUUGAGGGGGAAGGAAAUGGAAAAAAAUAAUAUGUUUUGCAUCUGAAAGUUGAAAAAGUUUUUAUGGAUCAUCCUCCAUCAUUAUUUCAUAUUCAAUGCCAGAAAUUUUCGCUGAGUGCUUUGCCUUCUAUUUACUUAUUUAUUUAAUGUCUAUUUUGCUUUCUUUUUUUUUUUUUUUAAAAAAAAAGAACAUUACAACCUUUUUAGGAACCUUUGGAGGAAAUUUCAGCCCCACCUCUUGCUGUCUUGAGAGGACAAUAUGUGGUGUGAGCAUGGAUGUUUUUGCCUUUUGUGUUAUCAGUAUUUUUCAAAUUGAAAGUGGUUCAGUUUGGACAGUAUUUUUGAUGGCAGGAAGAAGAGAUGUGGUGAAAGAAUUUGCAAACUUGUGUGCAUGCUUGGCAUGACAUAAUGUUUUGUAAGUCUUUUUCAAAUCCUAGUUCCUAGAAAAAUUUUAAAAUCUGUAAUUUAGUGUGACUCUAACUCACAACAAACGGCUUCUUUUGAUGAGAAUGUGUUCAUAGUAUUUGUUGGCUCUUGUAAUAGAUUGCUUUGUUUUUCUUUAUUUUAAUUCAAAAGAUAAGCCAGCAUGUGACAUCUUGAUAAUUCACAAUUAGGAGAAAAGUGCAUCAUGCACAGGUGUAAAUGCCAUUUUAAGCAAUUCUUUAUUUUAUUGGAGCAUUUUGGUGAACUGAGUGUUGUAUAAAUUGUGCUUAGUUAUUUUUGGUAAAAUUGAUUAUUUUCUGUAUCAUAAUAUAGCAUAAUAUUUAUUUUGCAGGUGGUUUCACAACAAUUGUUUAUAAAGCACAUUACAUGUGUUCCCAUCAGCAUAACAGUAUUGCUUUAGACUGGUUAUUGGACACUACUGUAUAAUUUAUGUCAUGUAUGUAUAUCAAUGCUUGUUUCGAUGCUCAAGUUUCUUUCUAUAACUUGUGGCAUUAGUUUUCAGAUUGGGUGCUGCUAGCUUACGGAGACAAAAAGAUGGACUACAUUUUUUGGUGAGGAUAUGCAAAGAUGUAUUUAUUUUUUGAAUACCAUAUAAAUAACAUACUCUUAUUUUUUUCUCCC